CCAGAAAGCACAGCCCUGAUUUUGUAUGAGAAAAGCUAUCAACAGACCCUAAAACGAGAGAAUGUUUAGAUUUCAUCAAGUGAAACAUCUAUUUGAAAUACUGGAUAAAAUGAGAUGCCUGCGAAAACGUUCUACAGUGUCAUUCUUGGGAGUUCUUGUAAUUUUCCUUCUAUUUAUGAACUUGUACAUUGAAGAUAGCUAUGUUUUGGAAGGAGACAAACAACUCAUAAGGGAAACAUCCACCCAUCAGCUUAAUUCAGAACGCUAUGUGCACACUUUCAGAGAUUUAUCUAACUUCUCAGGAGCCAUCAAUGUCACCUAUCGCUUCUUAGCUUCCACUCCUUUACAAAGAAAGCGGUUUCUUACAAUUGGACUAUCAUCAGUGAAACGAAAAAAAGGAAACUAUUUACUUGAGACAAUCAAGUCAAUUUUUGAACAAUCCAGCUACGAAGAGCUGAAGGAAAUCUCAGUGGUGGUUCAUCUAGCAGACUUUAAUUCAUCCUGGCGUGAGGUCAUGGUUCAAGAUAUUACACAGAAAUUUGCCCACCAUAUUAUUGCAGGAAGAUUAAUAGUUAUACAUGCCCCAGAGGAAUAUUACCCAAUCCUGGACGGCCUUAAAAGAAAUUACAAUGAUCCAGAAGAUAGAGUCAGAUUUCGUUCCAAGCAAAAUGUAGAUUACGCUUUUCUGCUUAAUUUUUGUGCCAAUACUUCAGACUAUUAUGUGAUGCUUGAAGACGAUGUUCGAUGUUCAAAAAAUUUCUUAACUGCCAUCAAGAAAGUAAUUACAUCUCUAGAGGGAACUUACUGGGUAACACUUGAGUUUUCUAAGCUUGGCUAUAUUGGAAAACUUUAUCAUUCACAUGAUCUCCCACGUUUGGCACAUUUUUUACUAAUGUUUUAUCAAGAAAUGCCUUGUGAUUGGCUAUUGACUCAUUUUCGGGGUCUAUUGGCUCAAAAAAAUGUUAUUCGUUUUAAACCAUCUCUCUUUCAGCACAUGGGUUAUUAUUCAUCAUAUAAAGGGACAGAGAAUAAGCUGAAGGAUGAUGACUUUGAAGAGGAGUCAUUUGACAUCCCUGAUAACCCUCCUGCAAGACUAUAUACCAACAUGAAUGUUUUUGAAAAUUAUGAAGCGAGCAAAGCUUACAGUAGUGUUGAUGAGUACUUUUGGGGAAAACCACCUUCAACAGGAGACGUCUUUGUGAUUAUAUUUGAAAAUCCAAUUGUGAUUAAAAAAAUUAAAGUGAGUACUGGAACAGAAGAUCGGCAAAAUGACAUUUUACAUCAUGGAGCUCUAGAUGUUGGAGAAAAUGUUAUACUUUUCAAACAAAGUAGACAAUGUGAUACUUACAUAAGACUAGGGGAAUUCAAAAAUGGAAACUUUGAAAUGUCAGAUGUGAAUCAAAAAAUUCCAUUUGAUAUACGGUGUAUAAGGAUAUACGUUACCAAAACCCAAAAGGAAUGGCUAAUUAUUAGGAGUAUUAGCAUUUGGACUUCUUAG